AUGACUCAGUGGGAGGACCCACGGACACAAGGGUCAGUUUCACUUCUAAACAAACACAAGGAUUGUACUGUUAAGGAAGUCUUGCAUGACUGUCGAUGCCCUGUAAAUAAAUGUGUGUCUGUCCCUGCUGUAGGCUGCUGAAUGACAAGCCCCUACCUGAAGGCUGGGAGAUGAGGUUCACCGUAGACGGCAUCCCCUACUUUGUGGACCACAACCGGAGAACCACCACCUACAUCGACCCUCGCACGGGCAAAUCCUCCCUGUGAGUCUACUAAACCCUCAAGUGUUCACUCAUUCACUCCUAGUGAUCCUUUUGUUUGCUGGCCGCCUUUCUAAUCUCUAGACUCGCUUACUCACUCUCGCACGUAUGCGCACACACACACACACACACACACACACACACACACAUUGAUGCUCACUCACGUGCUAACACACACUCUCAUAUAUUUUAAAUACUUAAUUUUAAUGCACAAAUCACAUUAGUCGAAGUUCACAGGUGCACUCACCCACCUAAUUGACCAUUCACUAAGCCAACCCCCAUUUUCCCUGGAAGUUCAAAUGCCAGUUCAAACCAUUGGAGAAAAUCCCUCACAAUGAUCGCAAACUGUGUUUUUAAUACACAGUGAAAUUAAACACAGACUACCCCUUGCGGAUCAGGAGACUCUUGGGAAUGUUGUGGUGGACAGCCAUUACAAUUGCUUCACAUGAACCUGGUAAAAAAAAGUUUGUAGUAUGGCAAGUCACUGGAUGGCUCUGAAUGCAGUGUCAGCAUGCAGUCAAAGCUACUAGCUAACCCCUUUUGGAGCCAACUAGUGCUCUCACAUCAUCUCCUGAUGUCAAUAGCAGAUGAAAGUUAUAUUCAUAAUAGCUAACUUGGCUAGCUAACAUGCAUUAGGAGAAAACAAGUUAUAUUAACUGGAUAGCUAGUUAGUGAGCAAAGUUUUCAAUGUUGACUCAAUGAGCGCUAGCUAACGAGUUAGCAAACAAUGCAUUUAAGGUUAAAUAAAAAUACUCCAACAAGCUCUGCAUUUCAGGAAUCACAGUCGCAAGUACCCCUGGGGUGGCAGGUAGCCUAGCGGUUAAGAGUGUUGGGCUAGUAACUGAAAGGUCGCUGGUUUGAAUCCCCGAGCCAGCAAGGUGAAAAAAUCUGCCGUUAACCCCCAACAACAACUGCUCCACGGGUGCCAAUGACGCGGACGUCGAUUAAGGCAGUCCCCCGCUCCUCUCUGAUUCAGAUUGCCCUCAUUGGCUUCCAUGCUUUUGAAACGUGAGUUUGUCCGAGUCGUCGUGACUCGAGCUUGGUUAGCAACAGUUGCUAUCCACCGGAGCACUGCGGUUGUUUGUCCCAAAUUCUGAGGUGGGGUUUAGCGAAGGUUCAAUUGCAUCACUCAAUCCAAAGAUGUAAAAUGUUGUUCUCCAGUGAGACCCAUGAAAUAAGCAUGUCAGUGUCAACAAGCUCAUGCAUUUCAUCUUUGCUUCCCACAGUGAGAACGGGCCCCAGAUCACCUACGUCAGGGACUUCAAAGCUAAAGUGCAGUACUUCAGGUUCUGGUGUCAGGUAUGUACCCAACACACCCUGUAUCCUAGUUUCAAGUUUUUGUCACCUGCACUAGUACACGUGCACUUGCUUGCUCUUUCCCAACAAUGCAGUCAACUAGAACAAAAACACACGAGAAAUAAGAACACGAGAAAGUAAGUAAGUUAUAUACAGGGUCAGUGCCUAUACCAUAUAUACAAUGUGCAGGGAUUCUGGCGUGGUAGGGUUAGAUAUGUAUAGUGGUAAGAUGACUAGGCAUCAGGAUAUAUGAUAAUCAGAGUAGCAGUAGCGUAUUUGAUUUUAUGUGAGUGUGUGGGUGUAGAGUCAGUAUUAAUGUGUGUGUGUGAGUAAAUGAAGAGUAUGUGAGAGUGAGUGUGUAAAAUGUGCAUAGGGUGUGUGUGUGUGCAUAGAGAAAUAUGCAAAAAUAUAAGGGUCAAUGCAGAAAGUCCAUGUAGCCAUUUUGUUAGCUGUUUAGCAGUCUUAUGGCUUGGGGAUAGAAGCUGUUCAGGAGUCUGUUGGUGUCAGACUUGAUGCUCCGGUACCGCUUGGCGUGCGAAAGCAGAGCGAACAGUAUGGCUUGGGUCUUUAAGAAUGUUCUGGGUCUUCCUUUCACACGGCCUGAUAUAGAGGUCCUGGAUCUUAGGGAGCUCAGCCCCAGGGAUGUACAGUGCCCUCGGAAAGUAUUCAGACCCCUUGACUUUUCCCACAUAUUGUUAGGUUACAGCCUUAUUCUAAAAUAUAUAUUUUUUAAAUUCCCCCUCAUCAAUCUACACACAUAACCCGUAAUGACAAAGCAAAAACAGGUUUUUCAAAAAUUUGCACAUUUAUUUAAAAAAUAUAAACUAUCACAUUUACCUACGUAUUCAGACCCUUUAACGCAAUACUUUGUUGAAGCACCUUUGGCAGCAAUCAAGGACAUUCAGAGACUUGUCCUGAAGCCACUCCUGCAUUGUCUUGGCUGUGUGCUUAGGGUCAUUGUCCUGUUGGAAGGUGAAUCUUCCCCCCCAGUCUGAGGUCCUGAGCACUCUGGAGCAGGUUUUCAUCAAGGAUCUCUCUGUACUUUGCGCAGUUCAUCUUUGCUUCGAUCCUGACUAGUCUCCCAGUCCCUGCCGCUGAAAAACAUCCCCUCCAGAUGUGACGCUUGGCAUUCAGGCCAAAGAGUUCAAUCUCGGUUUCAUCAGACCAGAGAAUCUUGUUUCUCAUGGUCUGAGAGUCUUUAGGUGCCUUUUGGCAAACUCCAAGCGGGCUGUUGUGUGCCUUUUACUGAGGAGUGGCUUCCGUCUGGCCACUCUACCAUAAAGGCCUGAUUGGUGGAGUGCUGCAGAGAUGGUUGUCCUUCUGGAAGGUUGUCCCAUCUCCACAGAGGAACUCUGGAGCUCUGUCAGAUUGACCAUCAGGUUCUUGGUCACCUCCCUGACCAAGGCCCUUCUCCCCUGAUUUCUCAGUUUGGCCGGGCGGUCAGCUCUAGGAAGAGUCUUGGUGGUUCCAAACUUCUUCCAUUUAAAAAUUGAGUCCACUGUGUUCUUGGGGACCUUCAAUGCUGCAUACAUUUUUUGGUACCCUUCCCCAGAUCUGUGCCUCGACACAAUCCUGUCUCGGAGCUCUACGGACAAUUCCUUCGUCUUCAUGGCUUGGUCUUUGCUCUGACAUGCACUGUCAACUGUGGGACCUUAUGUAGACAGGUGUGUGCCUUUCCAAAUCAUGUCCAAUCAAUUGAAUUUACCACAGGUGGACUCCAAGUUGUAGAAACAUCUCAAGGAUGAUCAAUGGAAACAGGAUGCACUUGAGGUCAAUUUCGAGUCUCAUAGCAAAGGGUCUGAAUACUAGUAUUUUUGUUUAUUAUAUUUGUUAAAUUCUUAAAAAAUUAGAAGAACCUGUUUUUGCGUGGUCAUUAUGGGAUAUUCUGAGUAGAUUGCUGAGGAAACGUUUUUAUUUAAGACAGGACACUGGAUUCAGAGAAUUCAAGAGGGGUUUGCCUCUUCAUCAACAGCCAAUGGUGUGCUGACUCCAGCGCAGUGGGAGUCUCGACCCAUUGUUCACCCAUCUUGGAAUACCUGAUGGUGAAAUGCAGAUCCUUCUAUCUCAAGUUGGCACUUAAACUGUAUGAGGCUAUAAACAAGCAGGAAACCAUGCACCUGAAAGCUGCUUUCCUUGUUGUCGGUGAUUUUAAUUCUGUGUCCUUCGCCACUAGGGGUGAUAAAGUGUUAUACCACGGUUACCCUACACACAAGCAAACAUACGUACAAGAAGUCCCGCUUCGACCUCCGCUGAGCCAUCAAACAAGCAAAAGGACAAUAUAGGAACAAAGUGGAAUCCUAUUACACAGACUCUGAUGCCCAACGCAUGUGGCAGGGGCUACAGUCCAUUACGGAUUACAAAGAAAGACCCAGCUGUGAUUUACAUUUUAGUCAUUUAGCAGACGCUCUUAUUCAGAGCGACUUACAGUUAGUGAGUGCAUACAUUUUCAUACUGCCCCCCCUGGCCCCCCGUGGGAAUCGAACCAACAACCCUGGCGUUGCAAGUGCCAUGCUCUACCAACUGAGCUACACGGGGCCUUGUAUGUUUGCUUGUGUGUAGGGUAACCGUGGUAUAAGACUUUAUCACCCCUAGUGGCGAAGGACACAGAAUUAAAAUCACCGGCAACAAGGAAAGCAGCUUUCGGGUGCAUGGUUUCCUGCUUGUUUAUAGCCUCAUAUAGUUUAAGUGCCAACUUGAGAUAGAAGGAUCUGCAUUUCACCAUGAUCGGAGAUCCAUCUUAUUAUCAAGUGACUGGCCAAUUGAAUGGAGGGAAUAGGUGGCCGGUUUUCCCUUCCCCUUAAUCUUGCUCCCCUCUCCUGCCUCUUUUUUGCCAGCGUGUCCUCUUGGAUAGCCUGAAAAUUGGGUCAGAAUUAAACAGAGCCCAGGGCAGAUUAGUUUAAAUUGAAGCCGGAAUUGAGGUUAGUAACUGCCGAUCUGAUGUUCAAAAGUUAUUGUUGAUCAUAAGAAAUCAUAGCGGAUACAUUUCGUGCAAAAAAAGUAAAGAUAAACACAAAAAGAAUCACAAAAUAACAAAGUUUGGUCGAAGCUCACAAGACGGCAGCCGUAUAGUACGGCGCCAUCUUCAAUCACUACUAGAUCGUAGUGUGCACUAUGUCCUCAGAGCUACCUCUGCCCUUCUAAUAAGUGUUGUUUUUGUUUUUAAUUUGGACACUCAUGAAAACAAGAUUCGAGAGAUUUUAUUCUGCAAAAUUUCAAAGAUAUAAAAAUGCAGUGUGUCUUCAAUUCUCCCGAAGUAUGCACUUACAAGUGACUAAGAAAAUGUGACUUAAUUGGAAGAAUGGUAGAGAAUUGGGACCCAUAGGUAUUAUCUUGUUCCUGUGGCCGUAAAAUGAGUAAUUAUCUUUGUCUUCCAGCAACUGUCAAUGCCACAGCACAUCAAGAUCACAGUCACCCGCAAAACCCUCUUUGAGGAUUCAUUCCAGCAAGUGAGUGUAUUAAAAAAUAAUAUUUUAUAUUACAAAUAAAUAAAAAAUAAAAUAUUAGACACCACUGCACUGGCUGUUUUUGUAGUCCUGUGAAUAAAUAAAAAAUAACACUAGUUGAAAAGACAUCAGUGUAAGAGAAAUAGUUUGUAAUUUAUUUUGAGCAACUUUGAGUACUCUAUUUUUGUACCAGUGCCUGUGGUACAGAAUAGCGGAUGAAUACAGAAUAGUCCAACGUUGUAACUGUUUCCAAUUCUGUGUCCAUCAGAUGAUGAGCUUUCAUCCACAAGAUCUCAGGCGGAGACUGUGGAUCAUUUUCCCUGGAGAGGAAGGCUUGGACUACGGAGGGGUGGCAAGGUGAAUGACCUAUUCUGAUAGGUUAAGUAUGAACUCAUGUUAGAGAUCAUUGUAAGAUUGAAUGUUUCAAAAAUGCAAAUGUCACCUUUUUUUUAUGCGUGCGUGUAUGGUAUGUUCUUAUAUGGUGUGUGUGUUCUCAGGGAGUGGUUCUUCCUGCUAUCCCACGAGGUGCUGAACCCAAUGUACUGCCUGUUUGAGUAUGCCGGCAAGGACAACUACUGUCUCCAGAUCAACCCUGCCUCCUACAUCAACCCCGACCACCUCAAGUACUUCAAGUUCAUCGGACGCUUCAUUGCUAUGGUACCUACCUCAAUGCUCUCUAUGGGGUGAAACUUGACUUCCACUUAGGUCGAAUUUCCACACUAUUUGGUUGGAAUAAUACUGUGAAAUUAUGAAAAUUAGGAUAAUGCCCUUUUAGUGUAAGAGCUGUUUGAAAAGACCUCCUGUUUUGGUGGGAUGGAGUUUUGGCCUUCCUGGUGACAUCACCAGGCAGUUAAUUAGUUAAUAGACAAUCAAAAAGAGUUCCAAACCUCUCUGCCAAUAACAGCUAGUUUUCAGUUUUCCCCUCCCAACUCAGACCACCCCUAGACAGUCCUAUAAAAAUGUAUGCUUGAGAAAUUGCUCUUUGCUAAAAAGCUGUUUUUGUUUAUUUUUGACAAUUUGAAAACAAUCACAGUAACGUACUUUAUUGUUACCCAGAUAUGAUUUGAUAUUGAGACAAAAACGGCUGUAUUAGGCCUUUUAAGUUUGUUUGGUGCCGAAUUAACACAACCCUGAAAUAAGCCACACUGUAGUUCCUGAUCACAUCUAGGGCUGUGGUGGUCAUGACAUUUUGUCAGCUGGUUAUUGUCAUGCGAAAGACAGCCUGUCUCACAGUAAUUUACCGUUAAUUAACAUAAACAUGUUUAGCAUCUCCAAGCCUCCACACAUACAAACCGCUGAUGUGCGCCUUUGGAACAUCUACAUUUAAAAAUAUAUAAAUAAGCAAUUGAAUAUACACAUCACAAAAAAUCCAUUAUUUAUUUUAGGCAGGUCUAAAGAAACAUUAUGAUAUAAAGAAAAUGUAUUUCAGAUGAACAGAAUAUGCCUUGACCUACUGUAUGUUAUCUGGCUAUGCGCCAUGCCAUAGGCUGUAGGCUUGUUCAUUUAGCAGACAAGAUAUGCUUAAGUCCCGUGUCAUUGUUUUAUAUAUGAUUCUAUAGUAAGAAGAAUCUAAUUGAACUUAGCUGAAUAAAAAAGAAAGGAUAUUUUUCCCAUUCCGGAGCGAGUAAAUAAAAUGAAGUGGCUAUGUUGAGCGUAAAAGUGAUAAUUGGAAACAGGUCAUAUACGCUAGAUUUAGAGUUAUUUGGCAACUUUAGUUGUGAAUGAUACAAACCUUAGAAUGUCUUAGAAAUCAAAACAUAUAUGGGCUGCAUGAUGCGACUAUACUGCCCUACCAAGCAAAAAGGCAGUAACUGCUCAUUUGGUCGAAAAUUAGGUAAUGUCAUUUUUGCUACAUUAAAUACAUGCUUAAUCAUGUGGACAAGUAUCCUGCUUCAUAUUGUCCCCUGUAGCUCAGUUGGUAGAGCAUGGCGCUUGCAACGCCAGGGUUGUGGGUUCGUUUCCCACGGGGGGCCAGUAUGAAAAUGUAUGCACUAACUGUAAGUCGCUCUGGAUAAGAGCGUCUGGUAAAUGUUAAUGUUAUAUUGUGUUUUGGUGAAAAUGGGGGUCAUAUUAGCAGUAACUGCAAAAAGUUACUGUGAAACCAAGUUAAAUGGCAGUAACUGAACUUACUGCCUUGUAGCUUGGUUUUAACCUGCCCUUGGCUGCAGUUACUGCCUUUUACCUUGGUAUCAUAUCAUUUUAUUCUGAUAGUGAUACAAUCAAACCUGUAUGACACUGACUGACAGCUACACACACAUACAUUGCUAAUCUAGGGACACAACAUCAUGGCACAGCAUUCCCGGGGGGAAAUGAUGGUUGAACUUGCUCUGAAACGCUGACACCCAGACACUGGUAAGAACUAGCUAGCUAAGUAGAUCUGAGAACAUAAUUAAUUAGCUAGAUAGCUAGCUAGCUAACUAGCUGGCGAGCAUAGACUAACAAUGCUACCGGCUCCCAUAAGAGGAGAUCUGCAAUUGAUACUAACUUCAAUCUAUAAGCCCUACAAUGAAUUAUAUUCUGAAAUUUCAUCUGAUGCUUUCUUUGAGUCAGUACAUUCCAUUGGUUAUUUGAAUCAGUAACGUUACACCACACACACAAUCUUUAGCCAGCUAACAGUCAGACGUGCACCCUAUACUGAAUUGUCAAAAGCCACGCACCCUCGUUUUCCGGUUGAGCACACACACAGCAUUGCUACCUCAUUAAAAAUCUAUAUAUUACAAGAUAGGUAAUAAUUUAAUGUAAUUCAAACAAUUGCAGUGCUGCUUUUCACUUUUAUUCUUAUAACAAGACCUGGUCUACUUGUAAAACACAGUAUGUAUGAAAAAAAAACUAACAUAUGCACUCACUAACUGUAAGUCGCUCUGGACAAGAGCGUCUGCUAAAUGACUAAAAUGUCAAAAAAUUUAAAAUGUAAUGUGACUGACGCAGAACCUACAUUAUCAUGUAAAUGCAACUGGUAUCUUAGUGGAAGACACACAAAGGAUGCAGUUUCAACUCUGUUACACUGUCUGUAAUUAUACGCUCUUUUAUUAAUAGCAUAAAUGUGAAGUAUAGUAAACUAACAAAUGAAAAUGGCAGAUACUGCUCUUUGCGUUGGUAUUACCCUGCAAUUUGUAACAUAUCAUGCCAAGGAAGAAGGCAGUAACUGCCGUUUAAGGGUCAAAGGUCAUGUCAGAGGUCAGGUUCAACAUUAAUGAAAAAUUAACUCAACAGAUCACUACAUCUCCAAUGAUCUCCCUAGAAUUCAUUUGGCUGGACAAUUAAAAAAGCCAUUUUUCUCAGUUCCACGCUAUGAGCAGUUACUGCCUUUUUGCUUGGUAGUGCAGUAUAGGCUAUUGAUGAUUUGAAAAAGUUGCAAAAGCUUGCACUCUGUUCCUUGCCUCAGGCUGCACACGCUGUUCUCUCAUCAAGUGAUCAUAUUUUCACCCCUUAGACUAUUCUCAAUUUAAUCUUGUCUUUACUAAUAUGUAAAAUUAGUAAAGAUUUAAGAAUGGCCCGUUAUCAAAUGGUGAGGAACAGUGGUCAAGACAAAAAAGACGUCAUCUGUAUGCACUGGAAUAGCGAAUGGAGGCCACUUUCCACCGGUAUGUUUCUCACUCAUGUAGGCUACUCCGGUUAUUUCGAUGCGCAACAGAUGAUAUUCCACCCAAACUCUGUAUGCCAUGGGCUCUCCAACCCUCUUCCUGCAGAUACCCAGUGCUUAAUUUGGGAAACCAAGUGAAAUCUGUUCGGGAAAAAUGAAAGUAACAUGUUUUCACAAUGAAACAUAUUUCAUUAAACUGUUAACAGCCCCUCUCUCUGCGCACUGGAGAAAAAAAUUAAGGAGAGAUGGGAGGAGAUGGAAACUCACGGGGGUGAGAUAUUCUGUAGCAAAAGGUAAUGUGUCAGCCUAUUAAUUAUGAAAAUACCCUAUUUUAGGCUAUUCAAAUCAAUACAAUUCAUUAUUGUAGGCUGAUAAAGAUCUGAAAUCGUAUUUUAUUUUUUUAUUUCCAUGUGACACAUUGAAGCUAUGUAUUGUAUAAGGCCAUCAAUUUAAGGGGGGGGGGGGGGGGGGGUUUUGGGCUCAUACUGUAUCGGAAAGUAUUCAGACCCAUUGACUUUUUUCCACAGUUUGGUAUUUACAGCCUUAUGCUAAAAUGAUUAUGAUUUGUUUUGCACGGUUCGAUCAAUCGACAGACAAUACCCAUAAUGACAAAGCGAAAACAGGGUUUUUAGAAAUAUUAAAUAAAAUUUUUAAAAAAAAAUUAUGAGACCUCGAAUUGAGCCUCAGGUCCAUCGCUGUUUCCCUUCGAGAUGUUUUCUAACAACUUGAUUGGAGUCCACCUGUGGUAAAUUCAAUUGAUUGGAAAGGCACACACCUGUCUAUAUAAGAUCCUACUGUUGACAGUGCAUGUCAGAGCAAAAACCAAGCCAUGAGGUCGAAGGAAUUGUCCGUAGAGGUCCGAGACAGGAUUGUGUCGAGGCACAGAUCUGGGGAAGGGUUCCAAUUCUUUUUUUUGCGGCAUUGAAGGUUCCCAAGAACACAGAGGCUUCCAUCAUUCUUAAAUGUAAGAAGUUUGGAACCUCCAAGACUCUUCCUAGAGCUGGCCGCAUGGCCAAACUGGGCAAUCGGGGGAGAAGGGCCUUGGUCAGGGAGGUGACCAAGAACCCGAUGGUCACUCAGACAGAGCUCUAGAUUUCCUCUGUGGAAAUGGGUGAAUCUUCCAGAAGGACAACCAUCUCUGCUGCACUCUACCAAUCAGGCCUUUAUGGUAGAGUGGCCAGACGGAAGCCACUCCUCAGUAAAAGGCACAUGACAGCCCGCUUGGAGUUUGCCAAAUGGCACCUAAAGAACUCUGACCAUGAGAAACAAAAUUUGGCCUGAAUGCCAAGCGUCACGUCUGGAGGAAACCUGGCACCAUCCCUACGGUGAAGCAUGGUGGUGGCAGCAUCAUGCUGUGGAGAUGUUUUUCAGCGGCAGGGACUGGGAGACUAGUCAGGAUCUAGGGAAAGAUGAACGGAGCAAAGUACUGAGAGAUCCUUGAUGAAAACCUGCUCCAGAGCGCUCAGGACCUCAGACUGGAGCGAAGGUACACCUUCCAACAGGACAAUGACCCUAAGCACACAGCCAAGACAACGCAUGAGUGGCUUCGGGACAAGUCUCUGAAUGUCUUUGAGUGGCCCAGCCAGAAACCGGACUUGAACCUGAUCUAAAAUCUCUGGAGAGACCUGAAAAUAGCUUUGCAGCGACGCUCCCCAGCCAACCUGACAGUGCUUGAGAGGAUCUGCAGAGAAGAAUGGGAGAAACUUCCCAAAUACAGGUGUGCCAAGCUUGUAGCGUCUUACCCAAUAAUACUCAACGCUGUAAUCUCUGCCAAAGGUGCUUCAAGAAAGUACUGAGUAAAGGGUCUGAAUACUUAUGUAAAUGUAAUAUUUCAGUUUUUAAUGUAAUACAUUUGCAAAAAAUUCUAAAAAUAGUUUUGUGCUUCGUCAUUAUGGGGUAUUGUGUGUAGAUUGAUGAGGGGAAAAUAACAAUUUAAUCAAUUUUAGAAUAAGACUGUAUCGUAAGAAAAUGUGGAAAAAGCCAAGGGCUCUGAAUACUUUCUGUAUACUGUGUUAUAGGCCUGUGCAUAAGCUCUAAUAUGCAUAUGGGUGUUUUGAAUUAAUUAUCACCUUAGAAAGCGCUGUCCAUUUCGUUGUGUUAGGCUUUGAAACAACAUCCACAACAAACAUGUUUUCUACUCUGUUUCAACCUGUUGUUGAACUUCUUUCUUCGAAUUGAUCAGUCACAGUGAGGUGAGUUUUAAAACAACGUACUGUUUUGAUUGUAAAUGUUUGAUGUGAUUUUCGAUUGCAUUUGCAUUCAUGUCAUAGUGGUUAGAGGGACAAUAGAGCCCUGAGUACCAGGCCAUUAGCGACCUGAUAGUGCCGAAGGAGAUGGCUGCCGUUUUACGGGCUCCUAAACAAUUGUGCUAUUGUUUUUUUUCAGUGUAUUUGUAACUUAUUUUGUACAUAAUGUUUCUGCCACCGUCUCUUAUGAGCGAAAAUAGUUUCUGGAUAUCAGGACAACGAUUACUCACCUCGUACUGGGCGAAGAGUUUUUCUUUAACGAGUCGGACGCAAAGGUUUUUCUUCAGACACCCGCCAAGGCCCAAAUCCCAGUCAUUCGCAUGAGAAAGAGACAGAGAUAUCAGGGACGUAGGUCGGGGUGCCUUGUAAGGAUCCGAAAGCGAGUGCUUAAUCUGCCUCUUACCAUCAGUCCUAUUAGCCAACGUACAAUCAUUGGAUAACAAAAUAGACUAACUAAGAUCACGGAUGUCCUACCAACGGGACAUUAAAAACUGUAAUAUCUUAUGUUUCACCGAGUCAUGGCUGAAUGACGACAUGGAUAACAUACAGCUGGCGGGAUAUACGCUGCAUCGGCAAGAUAGAACAGCUGCCUCCGGUAAGACAAGUGGUGGCGGUCUGUGUAUAUUUGUAAACAACAGCUGCUGCACGAAAUCUAAUAUUAAGGAAGUCUCGAGGUUUUGCUCGGCUGAGGUAGAGUAUUGGAUGAUAAGCUGUAGACCACACUAUUUACCAAGAGAGUUUAUCUAUAUUUUUUGUUGCUGUCUAUUUACCACCACAAACCGAUGUUGGCACUAAGACCGCACUCAAUGAGCUGUAUAAGGCCGUAAGCAAAAAGGAAAAUGUUCAUCCAGAGGCGGCGUUCCUAGUGGUCGGGGACUUUAAUGCAGGGAAACUUAAAUCCGUUUUACCUAAUUUCUACCAGCAUGUUAAACUUGCAACCAGAGGGAGAAAAAAAAAACUAUUGACCACCUUUACUCCACACACAGAGACGAGUGCAAACCUCUCCCUCGCCCCCCAUUUGGCAAAUCUGACCAUAACUCUAUCCUCCUGAUUCCUGCUUACAAGCGAAAACUAAAGCAGGAAGCAGUGACUCGGUCAAUGAAGAAGUGGUCAGAUGACCCAGAUGCUAAGCUACAGGACUGUUUUGCUAGCACAGACUGGACUAUGUUCCGGGAUUCUUCCGUUGGCAUUGAGGAGUACACCACGUCGGUCACUGGCUUCGUCAAUAUGUGCAUCAAUGACGUUGACCCCACAGUGACCGUACAUACGUACCCCAACCAGAACCCAUAGAUUACAGGCAACAUCCGCACUGACCUAAAGGGUAGAGCUGCCGCUUUCAAGGAGCGGGACUUUAACCCGGACGCAUAUAAGAAAUCCCGCUAUGCCCUCCGACGAACCAUCAAACAGGCAAAGAGUCGGUACAGGACUAAGAUUGAAUCGUACUACACCGGCUCCGACGCUCGUCGUAUGUGGCAGGGCUUGCAAACUAUUACAGACUACAAAGGGAAGCACAGCCGCGAGCUGCCCAGUGACACGAGCCUACCAGACAAGCUACAAUACUUCUAUGCUCACUUCGAGGCAAGCAACACUGAAGCAUGCAUGAGAGCAUCAGCUGUUCCGGACGACUGUGUGAGUAAGACCUUUAAACAGGUCAACAUUCACAAGGCCGCAGGGCCAGACGGAUUACCAGGACGUGUACUCUAAGCAUGCGCUGAUCAACUGGCAAGUGUCUUCACUGACAUUUUUAACCUGUCCCUGACUGAGUCUGUUAUUCCAACAUGUUUCAAGCAGACCACCAUAGUCCCUGUGCCCAAGCACACUAAGGUAACCUGCCUAAAUGACUACCGAGACGUAGCACUCACGUCUGUAGCAAUGAAGUGCUUUGAAAGGCUGGUCAUGGCUCACAUCCAUUAUCCCAGAAACCCUAGACCCACUCCAAUUUGCAUACCGCCCCAACAGAUCCAGAAAUUAUGCAAUCUCUAUUGCACUACACACUGCCCAUUCCCACCUGGACAAAAGGAACACCUACGUGAGAAUGCUAUUCAUUGACUACAGCUCAGCGUUCAACCCCAUAGUGCCCUCAAAGCUCAUCACUAAGCUAAGGACCCUGGGACUAAACACCUCCCUCUGCAACUGGAUCCUGGACUUCCUGAUGGGCCGCCCCCAGGUGGUAAGGGUAGGUAACAACACAUCUGCCACGCUGAUCCUCAACACAGGUGCCCCUCAGGGGUGCCUGCUCAGUCCCCUCCUGUACUCCCUUUCACCCAUGACUGCAUGUCCAGGUACGACUCCAACACCAUCAAGUUAGCUGGCGACACAACAGUGGUAGGCUUGAUCACUGACAACGAAAAGACAGCCUAUAGGGAGGAGGUCAGAGACCUGGCCGUGUGGUGCCAGGACAACAACCUCACCCUCGUGAUCAAGACAAAAGAGAGGAUGGACUACAGGAAAAAGAAGAGGACUGAGCACGCCCCCAUUCUCAUCGAUGGGGCUGUAGUGGAGCAGGUUGAGAGCUUCAAGUUCCUUGGUGUCCACAUCACCAUCAAACUAUCAUGUUCCAAACACACCAAGACAGUCGUGAAGAGGGCACGACAAAGCCUAUUCCCCCUCGGGAGACUGAAAAGAUUUGGCCUGGGUCCUCUAAUCCUCAAAAAGUUCUACAGCUGCACCAUCGAGAGCAUCCUGACUGGUUGCAUUUCUGCCUGGUAUGGCAACUGCUCGGCCUCCGACAGCAAGGCACUACAGAGGGUAGUGCGUAUGGCCCAGUACAUCACUGGGGCCAAGCUUCCUGCCAUCCAGGACCUCUAUACCAGACGGUGUCAGAGAAGGCCCUAAAAAUUGUCAAGGACUCCAGCCACCCUAGUCAUAGACUGUUCUCUCUGCUACCGCACGGCAAGAGGUACCAGAGCGCCAAGUCUAGGUCCAAAAGGCUUCUUAACAGCUUCUACCCCCAAGCCAUAAGACUCCUGAACAACUAAUCAAAUGGCUACCUGGACUAUUUGCAUUGACUCUGUACCGGUACCCCCUGUAUAUAAUCUCGAUAUUGUUAUUUUACUGCUGCUCUUUAAUUAUGUUUUAUUUUAUUUUACUUAACACUUAUUUUUUCUUAACUACAUUGUUGGUUAAGGGCUUGUAAGUAAGCAUUUGACUGUAAGGUCUACACCUAUUGUAUUCGGCGCAUGUGACAAAUAAAAAUUGAUUUGAUGAUCGUUAGCCAGUUGGGAGCUACUAAUGCAUGUCUGGAGUGCAUAAGAGGAGAUUACCGUGACUCAACGGUCACAUAGAAUUUUACUGCCGGUGUGGCGGUAAUACGGUCACCGCAACAGCCCUUCACAUCCCUGGUUCAUUUUGUUUCUCUCCAGGCCUUGUUCCAUGGGAAGUUCAUCGACACAGGAUUCUCCUUGCCCUUCUACAAGCGCAUCCUGAACAAACCCCUGGCCCUGAAGGACCUGGAAUCCAUCGACCCGGAAUUCUACAACUCCCUCAUCUGGAUCAAGUGAGUCCGGGAAUGGGGGUUAGAAAUGGGAAUUAGUGUGAACAGCUUUCCUUAUAAACGGGAAACGCUGUUGAUUGUUAUUGAGUGAGGGUGAUGAUGACAAGGGUUAGGAUGAUGAUGAUAAUGAUUAUAAGGAAGAGGAAAAGUAGAAAAUGAUGAUGAUUAUAAUAAUUAUAACUAUGAUGGAGAAGAGGAGGAGCUGAUGACUGCCCUCUUGUGAUUCCCAACCACCAGGGAUAACAACUUGGAGGAGUGUGGCCUGGAGAUGUACUUCUCUGUGGACAAGGAGAUCCUGGGGGAGGUCACCACUCACGAGCUGAAGCCAGACGGAGGCAACGUCCUGGUCACUGAGGAAAACAAAGAGGAAUACAUCAGGUAGGAUUGCUGUGAAAACCAACUACACAGAACAAAAAUAUAAAUGCAACAUGUGAAGUGUUGGACCCAUGUUUCAUGAGCUGAAAUAAAAGGAUCCCAGAAAUGUUCCAUACGCACAAAAAGCUUAUUUCUCUCAAAUGUUGUGGAAAAAUUUGUUUACAUCCCUGUUAGUGAGCAUUUCUCCUUUGCCAAGAUAAUCCAUCCACCAGACAGGUGUGGCAUAUCAAGAUGCUGAUUAAACAGCAUGAUCAUUACACAGGUGCACCUUGUGCUGGGAACAAUAAAUGGCCACUCUAAAAUGUGCAGUUUUGUCACACAACACAAUGCCACAGAUGUCUCAGGUUUUGAGGGAGCGUGCAAUUGGUAUGUUGACUGCAGGAAUGUCCACCAGAGCUGUUGCCAGAGAAAUGAAUGUUCAUUUAUCUACCAUAAGCUGCCUCCAAUGUAGUUUUGGAGAAUUUGGCAGUACGUCCAACCGGCCUCACAACCGCAGACCACGUGUAUGGCGUCUUGUGGCUGAGCGGUUUGCUGACGUCAACGUUGUGAACAGAGUGCCCCAAUGGUGGUUAUGGUAUGGGCAGGCAUAAGCUACUGACAAUAAACACAAUUUCAUUUCAUCCAUAACAAUUUUAAUGCACAGGGAUACUGUGACGAGAUCCUGAGGCCCAUUGUCGUGCCAUUCAUCCGCUGCCAUCACCUCAUGUUUCGACAUGAUAAUGAACGUCCCCAUGUCGCAAGGUUCUGUACACAAUUCCUGGGAGCUGAAAAUGUCCCAGUUCUUCAAUGGCUUGUAUACUAACCAGACAUGUCACCCAUUGAGCAUGUUUGGGAUGCUCUGGAUCGACGUGUACGGCAGCGUGUUCCAGUUCCCGCCAAUAUCCAGCAACUUCGCACAGCCAUUGAAGAGGAGUGGGACAACAUUCCUAAGGCCACAAUCAACAGCCUGAUCAACUCUAUGCAAAGGACAUGUUUCGCGUUGCGUGAGGCAAAUGGUGGUCACACAAGAUACUGACUGGUUUUCUGGUCCACAACCCUAUUUUCUUUUUUAAGGUAUCUGUGACCAACAGAUGCAUAUCUGUAUUCCCAUUCAUGUGUAAUCCAUAGAUUAGAGUCUAAUUUAUUUAUUUCAAUUGACUGAUUUCCUUAUAUGACCUGUAACUCAGUAAAAUCUUUGAAAUUGUUGCAUGUUGCGUUUAUAUUUUUGUUCAGUGUAGAAAUCAGUGUGUGUGUGAACACUUUCUCUAUCAGAUGUUUUUUCCAACAGAAGAAAGCUCAUUUUCAUACACAUUAUUGUACGUCUUCCUUUGUGUCCUUCCUUCAGGUUGGUGGCAGAGUGGAGGUUGUCCAGAGGGGUGGAAGAGCAGACCCAGGCUUUCUUCGAGGGCUUUAAUGAGGUCCUCCCCCAGCAGUACCUGCAGUACUUUGACGCAAAGGAACUGGAGGUACACAAUGGGUUCAUUCAUAGACUGAUCUAAUAAGUUUCUGUAAUGAACAAAUGUGACAUGAAAACCACUCACAGAGCUUUUUGCUUACUCAAUCUUUUUUAGACAAUCUUCAAGGGGAGUCUCCAAAUAGUGAGGCCUCCUUUUAAUCUAACCGUAUGACUGUUAAACAGAAUGUGGCAUGAGACCUACCUUCAGUAUUUAAACUUUUCCCUCCCUCUUGCACUGAAGUAUCGAGUGCCUCUGCCCUAGACUGUUGAUUCUCGGGGUCAAUUUGGAAACCAGCAUUGGUCAAUCACCACAAUAGCGGGUUAUAAAACGAAAUUCUCCCAAAGUGAUAUCCGGUCCCCUCACCAGGUGUUGCUGUGUGGCAUGCAGGAGAUAGACCUGGUGGACUGGGUUCAAAACUCACGCUUCCAGAGUGCACAGCUCUUCCCCAUUGAGUGUGGUGUAAUGUAAUAUCUGGUCCCCCCCACCAGGUGAUGCUGUGUGGCAUGCAGGAGAUAGACCUGGUGGACUGGCAGAGGAACACCAUCUACAGGCACUACGCACGCAGUAGCAAACAGAUCCUCUGGUUCUGGCAGGUCAGCAUGGCUCUACCGUUUUAAUGAAGCAGUUAAUUAAUUCAUGAAUUAUGGAAUAUCGUGAAGGGGUGUUUGGCAUAUUUUUACGCAUAAAUGUUCUGACGUGAAAAUGUUUAUUCCAGUUUGUGAAGGAGAUGGACAAUGAGAAACGUAUGAGGCUGCUGCAGUUUGUCACUGGCACCUGUCGGCUCCCCAUGGGUGGCUUCGCUGACCUCAUGGGUACGUUGGAGAAUAAAUAAUACAUGUAUUUGAAAAAGUUAGAGAACAGGCUGGCUAACCCCUGUCCCUGUUAUCCCAAUAUAAGAUAUGUUUUGUUAUAUUCAUUCAACUAACCCACACCUAAAGGGAUUGUUUAUGGAUACUGAGCAAGUCAUCCAUGGAAAAAUAUGUUUGGAGGAUUUUUAUUUGGAUAAAUAAAGACAUUGAGACAGAAGGGGAGACAUAGAGGUAACUGCCAAAAUAUAGGAAACACCAAGUGUCCCCUACCAGAACAGCUUUAAUGUGACUUGGCAUUGAUUCUCUGGAACUCUUAUUGAAGGGAUGAGAUGCCAUUCUUCCUCGAGAAAUUCCAUCAUUAAAAAAAAAAAUGUGGGGGUAGAUCAGCUUUAAUAUUGCAGAUAGAUUGUAACUUCCAUCAAUGUAAUUGUCUGCAUCACUUCCAAUUCCCCAUAUAUUUUUUUUCCCCUAGCAUAUAUAUAUAUAUAUAUAUAUAUAUAUAUAUAUAUAUAUAUAUAUAUAUAUACACACAUACAUACAUACACACAUACAUACAUACAUACAUACAUACAUACAUACAUACAUACAUACACAUACACAUCCUUUAAAAAAAUAUAUUUCCCUUUAUUAUCUUCCAACCCCACCACCCCUUCCCUAAUUGGAGUAAACUAGUGAACAACAUUUGUUGAUGGUGGUGGAAAACGCGGUCUCAGGCGCCGCUCCAGAAUCUCCCAUAAGUGUUCAAUUGGGGUUGAGAUCUGGUGACUGAGACACACAAACAACCUUUCAACCCCCUAUGCUCCCUUGAGACCCAUCUUUCAAAGUCACAGAUCUCUUCUUCUAGUCACAUUAGCCAAAAUAAUGGGCAACUGGGCAUUUGUAUACAUGACCCUAAGCAUGAUGGGAUGAUAAUUGCUUGAUUAACUCAGGAACCACACCUGUGUGGAAACACCUGCUUUCAAUAUACUUUGUAUCCCUCAUUUACUCAAGUGUUUCCUUAAUUUUGACAGUUACCUGAAGAUGGAAAUUGACAAACAAGUAUAGACCUCUAGACCAGGCCCAAUUACAGACAUUGAGGAUUUUUAUGUUACUUGUGUGGAUGAGAAGUGAGGAGAGUUGAAUCGUGUAAUUUAUUUGUUACUUUUUUAGGGAGUAAUGGCCCACAGAAGUUCUGCAUCGAGAAGGUGGGCAAAGAAAACUGGCUUCCAAGAAGUCACACUUGGUAAGUUCAUUCAUGGCGUUACUCACCGGUAGUUUCUCAGCACUUUCACUGUCUGAAUAUCAAAAUCUAAUUCCUGGCCUAUCUAAAGGGAUUGUGCCAGUUCGCCUCUCUGAACUCAAUCUGCAUUAAACGUUGCCCUUCCGCACAAGACUUCUUUGUCGUUUUCAGUUCAACCAUAGACAACCUUUCCUCUCUUUUUCAAAUAAUUUUAUCAAAUAUCUAAUACAUUUCAUGCCACUUUUAUCAAAAGCAACUCUGUACAGUGAGAACAUAAAUGUUUACUAUGUGUCUGUGAUCCCCGUGGGAUUGAACCCCCCCGAUCUUUGUGUUUCUAGUACCAUGCUCUUACCAACAGACACACGGGACCUAAUUUCUCAAGUCUGUAUCAUUUAUGUGUCUAUUUACAAUGUAACUGUCUCAUUCUGUAUUCCUUUUGUGUUUGUAAAGCUUUAAUCGACUGGACCUGCCCCCCUACAAGAGCUACGAGCAGCUGAAGGAAAAGCUGAUGUUUGCCAUUGAGGAAACUGAGGGCUUCGGACAGGAGUAG